AUGGGCCGGCCGUCUUCAGGCUCAGCCUUCGCGCCGUACGCAGGAUCACCGGCUUUCAAUGGCUCAUCGCCUGGCUUCAACUCUUACCUUCAGUACAGCGGAGAGCAGAGGGCGGCAAUGAACUCGUUUGUGGUGAGUGAAUACUGUACAGUUUAAUAAUUAAUUAUGCACUUUGUAAAAACAAAAAUGCCAUUCUUUCCUUGAAAAGGCCUAUUUGUAUCCAGAUUUUGGAACGAGUAGGCUGAAGUGUAGCCUUUUGAUGCAAUGAGUAGACUACAGAAGUUUAAUAAAACAUUCAUAAAAGCUUCCUAAUAAAAGCUUUUAAAAAAUUUAUAAAAAUAAGUUAUGCAAUGAUUAGUCACAAUUAUUUGCUAAACUUUGCAAAAUAAAAUAUAUAAUUCUGAGUUAGAAUCGUGUCCAAUAUUUUAUCUGUCAUAAGUUGUAAAUACACUAUACCUAAAUGUAAAGGCCUAUAAUAUACAUACAUGUUGAUCUGUAAAUCAAUACAAUUGGAAAUUGAAGGUCUGGAAAUGAUGAAUAUCAUAUUUUAGGCUUGCCAGUCUUGUGCAGUCAAAAUAUUGAAAUAAAUUAUAAUAAAUUGUCUAUCUAUUGACUUUCUAGGGCUCCGCGUAUGAUCCUUCAGCGGGCAUUACUGGCUCUUUAGAAUAUCACCCGUUUGGUGGUGCAUUGGGCCCAUAUCCAUACGGCGACCCUGCAUACAGGAAAAAUGCUACACGGGAUGCGACUUCCACUCUCAAAGCGUGGCUCAAUGAACAUCGCAAAAACCCUUAUCCCACCAAAGGCGAGAAAAUCAUGCUGGCAAUCAUCACCAAGAUGACCCUUACCCAAGUGUCCACCUGGUUCGCCAACGCCAGAAGGCGUUUGAAGAAAGAGAACAAAAUGACGUGGAACCCGAGAAAUAGAAGUGAGGAUGAGGAAGAGGAUGACAACAUUGACCUGGAGAAGAAUGACGACGACGAUGAGCCACUCAAGCCCACAACAGAAAUUGGGUCGAAAAAUGAAGCAGGUUAGUUUAAUUAACUUUUCAAUAACGUUUACAUGUUGCAAUAGGCCUAACAUUUAUUUUAUUUCAGACAUUUAAUUGGUUUCAAAAGUUGUAAAAACUAAAAUAUUGUCCUAGUUCUAUGUAAUUCACUGCAUAGGCUUACAACAUGUUGUUGCUUUCGUUAGAACUUGAAAGGGUGAUUACGGUAAUCCUUGGAACGCUUUGGUCUAAUUUAUUCUAUCGUCUUGCAGAUGGACAUCAUCCAAAUCCAGUGGGAAUCUCCUGUGAGAAAUACAAAGAGGACAAUAGUAGCAAUGACAUGGAACCUGUCUUAACUGAUUCGGAUUUAAAGGAAAACGGGGACAGGAGCGUGCCCGAGAUGCUGGGGCCCACUAUCACAGCAUCCCCCCAAAACUUGCACCUUGGAGCGGAGAGGGAUUCAGACUCGGCGGACACGCCAGGUCCACCUGCACCGAGGCGUAAUGACACAGGCAACUCCAGCAAUGCCACGUCAGUGAUUGACUCGCCCCUUCCAGCCCCAAAACCAAAACUGUGGUCGCUCGCGGAGAUUGCAACUUCUUCGGACAAAUGUAAAGGAUGUAGCGAUGGUGCUCAGAACGUGCCCGGACAAUUACGCACAGAGAUUCCGGCCCGUCUGUCAUCUCCACCGCGAGCCGCUCCUCAUAAUCUUUUCCCUCACAGCGCAGCUCUCUCAAGACAUGUCUAUUAUACAUCUCCCUUUUUCCAGGGUUACUCGAACUAUCAUGGCACUUUUGGACAGCUGCACAGCCCCGGAUCCAACGUGGGGUCAGCGACACAUUUAA